UGCGCGACGGACAGGUGCUAGCGCGCAGUGUAAAAUGGGUGUAAAGGUUGAGAAGAAGAUAGAUAAGAAUGAGCUGGUGUCGCCUCUCGAGAAGUCCCCGCCGGGGCUGUUCUCCCGGCUGUUUUUCGUCUGGACGUUCCCGCUGUUCACCAACGGCAACCGCCGGGACCUGGAGGAGUAUGACCUGGUGCCGCCCAGGAGGAUCUACGGCUCGAAAGGCGCCGGCGACGACUUGGAAAGAAAAUGGAAAGAGGCAGAAUUCAAAUCCAAGGCGACGGGGAAGAAAGCGUCGUUUACAAGAGUUCUAAUGACGACGUUUCUAUGGUCGUUCAUCCCGGGAGGGCUCAUGCAGUUUAUGUACGUCGGCUUGAGAACGGUUUCUCCCCUGCUAUUCUCUGAGCUGCUGACGUACUGGUCCGUCAACUCCACGAUGUCCCGGGAGACGGCGGCGAUGUACGCGGGGUGUAUGGUCGCGGCCAACUGGCUGGCGGCCUUCUUCAACCACCACGGCAACCUGUACUGCCAGCAGUACGGCAUGAAGCUGAGAGUUGCCACGAGCUCGCUGAUGUUCCGCAAGAUAAUGCGUAUGAACAAUGGCUCCCUGGGCGAGACAACGGCCGGCAAGGUGGUGAACAUCCUGUCCAACGACCUGCAGCGUUUCGACCUGGCCUUCCUCUUCCUCCACUACGUCUGGAUCAUUCCUAUUCAGCUGGCUGCGGUUUGCUACUUGGGCUACCAGCAGGCCGGAGUGUCGUCUUUGCUUGGUCUUGCAGCGUUGAUUAUAAUAGCUCUGCCUAUUCAAGGCGUUCUCGGAAAAAUCAUUGGCAUUAUAAGGUUCCGCACGGCAGAAAAAACGGAUGCGCGAAUUAAGAUUAUGAGCGAAGUUAUUAAUGGAAUACAGGUGAUCAAAAUGUACGCAUGGGAAAUUCCCUUCCAAAAGGUCGUUGGAGACAGACGCAAAGAGGAACUCAAACAGAUUAAACUGGCGACAAUACUGAGAACCAUAUUUAUUGGCUUCAUGAUAUUUACCGAAAGAACUGCGCUGUUCUUUACUAUUUUAACCUACAUUCUUUUAGGGAAUGUGUUGACGGCGAAUGUGAUAUAUCCUCUACAACAGUUUAUGAAUGCUGCGCAAAUUAAUAUUACGCUAAUUCUACCUCUUGUUAUCUCUUUUACGUCGGAAUUAUUCGUAUCUCUACGUAGAGUGCAAGAAUUUUUAGAUUUAGACGAUAGACCAGAUUUAGCCGGACUUGAUGGUGAUCUGGCUCUACCCAGCAAGCUGUUCCGUAAUAUGGAGGGUAGUUUUAGGAAGGAUAAAGGAGAUCCAGUAAGGCCACUUUCGUACCAACUGCGAAAUGAUGCAUCAUUUGGAAAUGAUCUGAACAAUAUGGGUUAUGGGUCGAGCAUGAGGUUCCGUCGCAGUCUGUCGGUGUCCAACGACCUGGCGGUGGAGCUGCGCGACGUGAGCAGCAGCUGGACCGGCGAUGCCAACUUCCUGGCGCUCAGGAACGUCUCCGUGCGCCUGCGUCGCGGGAAACUCUGUGCCAUCAUUGGCUCCGUCGGCUCUGGAAAGUCGUCCAUAUUGCAACUGCUGCUAAAGGAGCUGCCCGCGGCGUCUGGCACGGUAUCGGUGUUCGGGAGCAUCUCGUACGCCAGCCAAGAGGCCUGGCUCUUCCCCAGCACCGUCCGCGAAAACAUUCUUUUCGGUUUACCCUACGAUCCUCAGAAAUAUAAACAAGUGUGCAAAGCGUGUGCCCUAGAGAAGGACUUCAAGCAAUUCCCGUAUAGCGACCAGACUCUUGUAGGAGAGAGAGGAGUGUCCCUCUCGGGCGGACAGCGCGCCAGGAUCAAUUUGGCUCGCGCCGUCUACAGAGAGGCUGACAUCUACCUGCUGGACGACCCGCUGUCGGCGGUGGACGCGAACGUGGGCCGGCAGCUGUUCGAGGGCUGCAUCAACGGCUACCUGCGCGGCCGCACGCGCAUCCUCGUCACACACCAGAUACACUUCCUCAAGGCGGCCGACUUCAUCGUCGUACUCAACGAAGGCCGAGUUGAGAACAUGGGUACAUUUGACGAGCUAGUAUCAUCAAAGGACUUCUCGUUCAUGUUGUCGUCUCUACAAGAAGGAAAAGACAAGGACACUGAUAGUAUCGGCUCAAGGAAAUCUGAAGAUAAUAUCAAACCACCGAUGUUGAGAGCCAUAUCGACGACUGAAGAGGAGGAUGGUGGUAAAUUUGAAGCGCAGAAAAUGGCCGCCGAAGAAAAACAAUCGGGCAACUUGCGUUGGGAAGUGAUUGCCGCGUAUUUUAGAUCUGGCGGGAACCUCUGCUAUAUAGUGUUUAUCAUGCUUCUGAUAUUUAUAACUGCAGGCAGCGCGGCAGCUGCAGACUAUUGGAUUAGCUACUGGUCUAACCAAAUGGCAAUUUACGAGGAAGACAUGGUCGGACAAGAAUUAGACCCAGGACUAGAUGUUCAAGUUGGCAAUUUAACUACGGGGCAAUAUGUGAUUAUUCACGGAAGUAUCGUUAUUGUGUGCAUUCUUUUGACCAACAUAAGAGUAUUCCCGUUCGCGACGAUGUGUGUGAGGGCCUCACAGAAACUACACAAUCUGAUGUUCUCUACCAUGCUUCGGGGCAUUAUGCGGUUCUUUGACACAAGUUCUUCUGGACGCAUUCUAAACCGAUUCACAAAAGAUAUGGGAGCUUUAGAUGAAAUAUUGCCUCGAACGUUGCUGGAUGUGUUCCAAAUUUACAGCACUCUAGUAUUUAUUAUCGUCCUUAACGCUGUAGCUCUGUAUUGGACGCUAGUUCCUUCUGCAAUCUUACUCAUCUUCUUCAUAUUCUUCGUGAAGAUUUACAUGAAAACAGCUCAGGGAGUGAAACGUUUGGAAGGUGUCACUAAAAGUCCAGUAUUUGGUAUGGUUUCAUCGUCACUCAACGGCAUUGCUACUAUAAGAUCAGCAGGAGCUCAGCACAGACUUAUAAAUGAAUUUGAUCAGCAUCAGGACUUGCACACUUGUGCAUGGAACAGUGUACUAGGCGCUGGCUGUACGUUUGGGUUUUACUUAGAUACUAUGUGUCUGGUUUACUUGACUACGAUCAUUUUCGUGUUCCUGUACGUAGACUUUGGAGAUACAAUAGCAGUGGGCAGUGUGGGUUUGGCGGUGACACAGAGCAACACUCUGACUGCGAUGUUGCAGCACGGCGCCCGCAUGCUGGUGGAGUUCAUAGCGCAGCUCACCAGCGUCGAGAGAAUACUAGAGUACACCAGGAUAGAGGGAGAGCAGAACCUCUUUGAAGGAAAAAUCCAAGUUCCACCGACCUGGCCGUCUGACGGUAUGAUCUCGUUCCAAAACGUGAACCUUAAAUAUGCUCCUGACGAAGAUGUUGUACUGAAGAAUUUGAAUAUAAACAUUGAAAGUGGAUGGAAGGUGGGCAUUGUUGGCAGAACUGGAGCAGGGAAAUCUUCGCUUAUAUCAGCUUUGUUCAGAUUCGCCUAUUUAGAUGGAAGGAUUACCAUUGAUGAUAUUGACACGUCUGUUGUAGCUAAACAGACAUUAAGAUCAAAAAUUUCAAUUAUUCCUCAAGAGCCAGUGCUGUUUUCAGCUACAAUUCGAUACAAUUUGGACCCAUUCAAUAUUUAUAGUGACGAGGAUCUGUGGCGUGCUCUGGAACAGGUGGACAUGAAAUCCGCGGUGCCGUCUCUGGACUUUAAGGUGACGGAGGGCGGAUCAAACUUCAGCGUGGGGCAGCGGCAGCUCAUGUGCCUGGCGCGCGCCGUGCUGCGCUCCAACAAGCUGCUCAUCAUGGACGAGGCCACCGCCAACGUCGACCCUCAAACUGAUAAUUUCAUCCAGCAAACAAUUCGUCGCCAGUUCGCGUCGUGUACGGUGCUGACCAUAGCGCACAGGCUGAACACCAUCAUGGACUCGGACAAGGUGCUGGUUAUGAGCAGCGGCGAGGUGGUGGAGUUCGACCACCCCUACAUGCUGCUCAGCGACCCCGACAGCCAUCUCUCCUCCAUGGUCCGUGAGACCGGCGACAAAAACAGCAGAAAACUUUUUGAAAUUGCAAAGGAGACGUACUUCCAGAGCAAUCUGAAAGAGAAUGCAAGAUGAGAACGGAAAAAUUCUAAAAGUCUGACGUUUUGUAACAAGUUAUAAAAUAAGAAUUUUAAUUUGAAGCCGAAAGCUAAGAAGUAAAAUAUCAAACCUUAAGAAGAUGCAAAAAUUGAUAAGUACUAAUUUUCUACACCAUGUUCAUUUUUUGUAAAGACUAUAAAAAUAGCAAUAACAAGUAGGUAUCUGUACUUUAUUUAUGCAAUAAGUAGGUAGCAAUAAUUUAGGAUUAGGGAAUAAGGACCACGGUAAAAGGAACUGAAGUUAAAAUAAUAAAAUGUAAAAUAUACUGUAAGUUUUACAA